AUGACAAUUAAAUGUUUGAAUCAUCAAAGAUCACACGAAUUCAUUUGUUAUCAAUGUAAUAGUUUGAUGUGUUCAAAAUGUAUUACCAUUCAUAUCAAAGAUCAUCCUGAUCAUUCCGAUAAAAUAGAACAUAUCGAUGAAAUCAAGGAUUCAUUGAGUACAUUAAAGUUAGAUGAUAUUAUUGACACCACAACAACAACAAACAAUAAUGACAGCACUAACAGCAUACCAAGACACAACAUGGUAGUGAAAGUGAUACUCAAAGAGAUGCUGAAGUUCCACAGAAUACCUUACAAGCCAGGCGCAGUCUACCAGUCUGAUACCAUUGAGAUCCUACAUGAAGCCAGAAUAGAUAAUGCACUAACCAAAACCAACAAACCAGAUCUAAUCGUUAAGAACCGAACCAAGAAAUCAAUCAAAAUCAUCGAAAUAUCAGUACCAUAUGACAACAACAUUGUUAAAAGAAGCCGAGAUAAGAUUGAAAAAUACCAACCACUAGCAGCCGCACUUAAGAAGAGUAACCCAGACCACAAGGUAGCAGUCAUACCUAUAAUCAUUGGUGCCUUUGAGAAUGAUAUCAAACAACAUUUUGAACAAUUACAUCAAUAUCUAAUCAUUGAAGAACAUAAACUACAAAGAGAUAUUAUCAAUGAUAAACAUACAAUCACAAAUCAAAUCGAUAAAAAUAUCAUGAAUUUGAAAUAUUUAAUAAAUAUUAUAAUAUUAUUUAAUAAAUUAAAUAAUAAUAAUAAUAGUAGUGAUAAUAAUAGUAAUGGUAUUAUUAAUAACGAGGAUACAUCAAUUAUACCAGAUACAACAACAUUAUAUUCAACAACAACAAUAAUGGAAUCAAUAACAACAAGUUCAUCAUUACAAUCAUUCAUCAAUCAUAAUAAUCAAACAUUAUUCAAUGAUAAAAAUAAUAAUUAUUUCAAUAUUGAUGAACUUAUCAAACAACAUUCCUCAGAUUCAUCAUCAAUAUUAUUAGAUAUCAUUCAUAAAUACAACAAUCAAUUCAAUGAAUCAACAACAAACACAGACGAUAAUAACUUAACAUUAUCAUCAUAUAAAUUAACAAUCAAACAACCUGAUUUCAAUCAAUUGAAUUCAAUCAUUGAACAAUCAAUCAAACUUGAUAACAUUGAAUCAACUGAAUCAAUAAAUACAACAACAACAACAAACAACAAUGAUAAUAAACAAUCUUAUAUUUUCACAACACACCAAUCAAAAGGAGCAACACUGAUCAACACAUCAAACAACAAUUCAAUUGAAGAAUUAAAGUUUGAUUAUCAAUUUGAUUUUAUAUACUCCGCUAUUGUUUCAAUUGGUGAAUAUAUCUAUAUAUUCGGUGGAUAUACCAAUGAAAACAAAUGGAUUAAAAUAUCAAUUCGAUCGAAAUCAAUUGAACAUAUUGGUGAUAUCGAAGGAAUCAAAGGUGAUUAUUUUAUAUCAGUUUGUUAUGAUGGUCAAGAUCAUAUCUAUUUAGUGAAUGGUUGGAAAAUAAAGAAUAGAAUUGAUCGAUUCAACAUCAAAACAAUGAAAUUUGAAUCAUAUCAUCAAAUACCUUUUGGAUAUGAUCGUCAAGUAUCAUCAAUGAUCUUCAAAGGUUCAUUAUAUUCAAUAUCAUACAAUCAAUAUAAGCUAUUUCAAUUCGAUUUAACAAACAGAACGAUAAUAGAUCAUCAAAUUGACAUUAUACCAUUCUCAGCAUGUCAUGACAACAAUGGAAAUUUCUUCAUAUUAGAUCGAUUAAACAAACGAUUCAUCAAAUACAAUGUUGAAACCAAACAAACAAUCAAUCUCAAUGCUGUUCCUCUCGCAAAUGCAUAUUAUCCAUUUGUGAUGUAUCAUCGAGAAUCACCAACAUCAAGUUAUAUCUAUUCAUUUGGCUAUUCCAAUCGUGGUGUGCUUCCACAUCAAUUACAUUUUAAUAAAUAA